CCCUGGUGAAAACGUCAGUUGUAAAAAUCAUAAAUGUUGCUUGAAAAAUUUGAAUAGGUGAAAUUCCCGGUUGAAACGUAAACCAACGGUCGGUUAUAUGUGCAAAAAGCUCACCGUUUCAAAUCGCAGGGUUGAAUUUCCUUGUAACCCCGCUAAAGCGCUGUUGUUCGCCGUCAAGCGCGGCGAUAUUACCAUUUGGCCAUUUGUAGCGUCGUCCAGUCGGAUUAGAGAGCCAAAGUGGGGCUGUGCCCGCCAGUGCCCACGAUACACUCCACUUACCCCUCGAUCACUCCAAAGACAUCUGAAAAAAAAAAAAAAACCAGCAAAAUUGUGACAUUUUUUUAUUCCAGUAUUAAAUCAUCAAUACAAAAUAACGCCAAACAAUUCAUCAAGAAUCACACGGACAGAACCCAUAAAUUGGCUUAUGUGUACGGAUAGGUGACAGUGCGACUGAAAAUUUAUUUAUCAUUUAAAAUUAAUUUUUUAUCGUGAAGCAAUAAAACGUGCUGACAGUGUCAAGAUUUAACAAGCAAAAAUCUUCAGUUACAAUAUUAAUCAUAAAUAAAUAGUCAACGGGGAAAAGAGGCGGAAGCAGGUGGGUGUAGUCGACCCUAGCGCGUGGGUGAAUCAUCGCGGCAAAAAUGACGACCAUAGUAGCUAAUUUGAUACAUGGAUACAGGGACCUCAUGGACAACAGAUCCGAUCCCAGAGUGGCCCACUGGGCAAUGAUGAGCAGUCCUCUACCAACAAUGGCAAUAUGCAUAUCAUAUGCCUAUUUUAGCCGAGUCAUUGGCCCAAGAAUGAUGGAGAAUCGUAAACCAUUCAAUUUGCGGAGGAUACUCAUUGUCUAUAACUUGAUCCAGACAGUAUUUUCUUCGUGGAUUUUUUACGAGUUUUUGAUGAGCGGAUGGGCGAAAGGUUACAGCUUUCGGUGCCAACCGGUCGACUACUCAAAUAAUCCUUUAGCCCUAAGAAUGGCCGGCACGUGUUGGUGGUACUAUUUCAGUAAAUUCACUGAAUUCUUCGAUACCUUAUUCUUCAUCCUGAGGAAAAAAAAUCAACAAGUCUCGACACUCCAUGUUAUCCAUCACGGAGUGAUGCCAUUCUCUGUCUGGAUGGGGCUCAAAUUCGCACCAGGCGGUCAUAGUACAUUUUUCUCAUUAUUAAAUACAUUUGUACACAUUAUUAUGUAUUUUUACUAUAUGGUCGCUGCCAUGGGUCCGGAGUAUCAAAAGUACAUUUGGUGGAAGAAGUAUCUUACUUCGUUCCAAAUGGUGCAAUUCGUCCUGAUAAUGGGCCACCAGUUUCAGCUCCUAUUCACCGAGUGUAACUAUCCUCGCAGCUUCAUGAUCUGGAUUGGUCUACAUGGUGUUCUAUUCCUCGGUCUAUUCUCCGAUUUUUACAAACAGAAAUAUAUCGGCCAGGAUGCUAAGCGUCGUCAAAACCCCGGUGCUUGUAUGCCAGUUCUCGAAGAGAGUGAAACAAAUUUAAAGCAAAAUGGUGUUUCAACAUAUACAACCAUCUACAAUAAGGAGUACAACAGUUGCUACAGCAAUGGCACAAACAAUGGCUACGUUGCCAACAACAAUGAGAAGAAAUUGGCUUAAUACUACUGACAAUUUCCUCAUUUUUUUCAUUAAUUAAUGAUUUUUUUUUUCAUUUCCUUUUUAUUCUUUCACUGAAGGAAUAAUCGAAAUGAAAUAAAAAGGCAAAUGGAGGAGAAUUUAAGACUAAGGGAAAUAUAGCGAUCAGUCGUAAAUUUCUUCCUUGCCUCCAUUUAUAAAUCAUGAUUGAUGUUUUUUUAUGCGCUUUAAUCACGCUACGACAUUGAUGCGUGUCUGAUAGCCCCCUGGCAACAUCAAGAGGACUUACUCUCUUUCUCAUUUUGUUGUUCCAAAGGACAAAUUUUCAUGGGUGAAUGCUGAGUGAAUGAUCUAAACGUGUUUAUAUAUAUUUUUUUCUUUUUUUUUUUCAUGAAAUGAUGUGUGAGCCUGUGAAACAGAGGGAUUUAACGUUUUCAUCGAUAUUGAGAAUAUAGUAUUUAUAUCAUUUAGAUGAAUGUAAAAUAUUAUUUGGAUUUAUUCAUUGAUAUGACAAACUAUGAGAUGCGGCGAAAAAUUUAAUGAAAUUAUGAUGCAGUCUUGGACGGUUGUUGUCGCUUUGAAAUGGUUGAAACUGAGGAAAUUAAUAAUUUAUGAAAAAUAAUAUGAAUUUGUAACGAUUGGGUAAUUAAUUAGUGAAGGUGAUAAAACAUGGUCAGUGACAUAUUAUGGGGGAGUUUAGAGGGAAAUGUUGAUAUAUUUAUCUCUAUAUUUCCUACUGAAGUCUAUCAUCGAUGAAAUAAUUCGUCAUUACAUUUUGUACAUACGAUAUUGAGACUUUAACUGUUUUAUCACUUUCUCUUGUCAAAUAGAGGAAUUAUCAAGCAUUGAGCUUGAUUGGUUGAUGGUCUUCGACGAUACAUAUGAAUUGGCGAAUCGAGGUUGCGAUGAUUUUUUUUUAUGUGAAAAUGAAAUGAACAACACGAGUGAGUUGAAAUAUUGAAAUAACGCACAAGUAACAGUUGACGAUGAGGAUCUAAUUCGAUGGGGAUUUCAGUCUUUGUUCGUCGUAGGAUUUUGAUUAUUGUAAAAUUGUUCCGAAUGUGUUCAAUGCUUCGGUGGUUGUUAAACGCUUUAGCAAUGACUAUUCGUAAACAUCAUCGAAUAAUAAUAAUUAAAUUAAGGAUGAAAAAUCAAUUGGGAGGAAAAAAUUGUGGAUAAGAAUGAAUUGAAUAUGAAAUGUCUUUUCAUGAUUGAUUUAUCUCCAUAGUUAUAAUCAAUUCAUGAAUUAGAUUGCUAUAACCGUGCCUCGAUUCGCGAAUCAGGUCAUUCACCUGAUAUUUUGCGAAAUUUAAUUAACAUUCAAUUUUUAAAUAUCUCCAUGGCUUCGCUUUUGUGAUUAUUUCUGUAAACAUUUCAAUGCAUUUCAAUCUGCAAAUCGAUUACCCACUAUUAUUUGCUUUAUUGGUGGAUUUGUUGAAAGUAUUUAACGACCGAUGAUGCAAUUUUUAUCCAUCAUUUUACUGCUGAUUUCUUGAAUAACUAAUAAUUCAAGGAAUUAGGGGUUUCAAAAAACUGAAACCAUCCUUUCGUAUAGCUUUCUUUUUCAUCUUUCUGAUUUUCUUUUACGUUAAACGCUAUAUUGAGACGAAAUUUAGGGCAUCUUAAUUAAGGUCAUUAACAAUUUUCUACCAAAAUGUGCGUGUGAGUGUGCAGAGAUAUGCAAUAAAUGAAUGAGAAAGAUGUUUGCGUUAUUUCAAUGUGAAAUUUAUGUUCUCCUAAAAAUGAGUCGUUAAUUUUGAUGAGAUAUUAAGUGAAAUAAAGAAAUAAAAAAUGUCAUUUUUUAAAA